AUGGCUUCAACGGUACGUACAAACAUUUGUAACGCACGACUCUCCUCACCUUCGCACGGUCUUAGACACCUGCUUAACCACCCUCACGUUUGGACGGUCACCCUUCAGACGGUCCCAAACACCUGCUUUCGACGACCGUCACCCUUCGGACGGUUCCAAACACCUGCUUUCGACGCCCAACCCUUCGGACGGUCCCAAACAUCUGCUUUCGACGCCCUUAGAUGGCUUCAACGACACCUGCUUUCAACGCACCUCCUCACGUUUGGAAGGUCUUACAGACAACACGCCUAUCAUAUCGCUCCAAGGUAUCUGUUUCUGUCCGCGAAGUUGACUCCGCGUCAUUCACGUUGCGACUUUGACUUUGCGUCAGUCGUACUUAGUUAA